AUGAAAGGGAAAAAAGCCCAUAAAGAAGGUGCAAUCACUGCUCCAGAUUUCAAUAGCAAGUACUUUUCAAAGCAUUACAUAGAAGUUGUUAAGGAAAAGCCGUUGCUUGAUCGAGAGAGAUCACCGAUGGAAAUAAUUAAAGAAGUAUAUGAUAGUAAUACUGAGUAAAUAAAGAAACAAUCUGAACUUUUAAACAGAACAUUCAAGAAUGGUAAUGCUGCUGGAGAAAAAGCCUUUGAUAGUAAUAAGGCAGAUGUAUUGCUAAGAGAUGAUUUUCUUGACACUUAUUUUAAGAACACCUAUGUGGAGUGGGGCAUGCGCUAAUUUCAGGAAAAGGCUAAGGCAAUCGCUGACUAUAUAGCUAAUUAAGAGUAAUCGACUGGCAGUCUUGAUAAUCUUAUUUCCAAUCUACACAAAACCUAUGUAAACCAUGAGUAAAAAGAAUAGGAAGAAUAAAACCCAGAAACUGAAUAAAAAGUUAACCCAUUAAAAAAGAAUUGA